AUGGGGGUCCAGCCCAAAGUCAUACUCUUCGACAUUGGCGGCGUCGUCGUUGUCUCUCCAUUCCAGUCUAUUCUUGACUAUGAGCUCGGCCUCGGUAUUCCUCCAGGUUGGAUAAACUACUCUAUUUCCAAAACAUCCCCCGAUGGCUUCUGGCACCGCUUAGAAAGGGGCGAAAUUCCCUUGGACGCCGCCUUCAUAGAGGGAUUUUCCAAGGACCUGCACUCUCCGGAGCUGUGGAAAGCGUUCUACGAGGACCAACGGGCCAAAGACCCACGCCUACCGGAGCUGACACCCCCUGUGCCUGCUCUCGACGCAGACUUCCUGUUCAAUGACAUGAUGUCCUCCGCUGUCCAUCCCGACCCGUGGGUGUCUCCAGCCUUGAAGAACCUCAAGGCUAGCGGGAAGUACGUCCUUGCCGCACUGAGUAACACUGUUAUUUUCCCUCCAGGACACAAGCUCUAUCGGCCAGACAUCGCUUCAGACCCGGUUAAAAGCAUAUUCGACGUCUUCGUGUCAUCUGCCCAUGUCGGUCUGAGGAAGCCUGACCCUAGGAUAUAUGAGCUUGCAGUGCGCGAAGUGGACAAAUUCGCCAGAGAAAAUGCGGACUCGCCCAGGGGGAGAGAACUGGGCUGGGCAGAUGGGAUCACCCCAGGCGACAUUGUUUUCCUCGAUGAUAUUGGCCAGAAUUUGAAAGCAGCCAGUAAGGCAGGGUUUCGAACGAUCAAGGUCAAUCUGGGCAGGGCCUAUGAAGCCGUGGAAGAGCUGGAGGGCAUCACCGGUUUGGCACUUGCUGGUGAUCACCCAAAAAUUCCAAUAAAGCCGAAGAUAAAGACUGCUAGCCGAGCGAAGAUAUAG